AUGUCCGUUAAAUAUUUCAUUAAGGAUUUGCCUAAUGGCAUUGACGGUCGCUUACUCAAGAACACUAUUGAAGAGACAUCUUCAACUUUUGCGGCCUCGAAAUAUACGAAAUUUCACUCAAAAAAGUCAUUCUAUGCUCUUGAAGAAGGAAUUUGUGCAUCCAAUCUAAUUACCGAGUCAAUAUUUGACUUCUUAAUCAUUGCUAUCAUUCCAGUACUAUUAACCGUUCAAGUUGAUAAAAAAUUAGAAGAGAAUGAGUCAUUCAUUAAAUUAUUGUUAUUCAUUAAUACCAUUGUCAACUUGAUAAUCGCUGGGUUAAAAAUUUGGUUCUGGGUCAGAAUCUACAAAGCUACCGAAGAUUUCUUCUUUAUGAUUUAUUUCAUAGUUGAGCUCUUCAUAUCGCUAGUUUUUCUCUUAGUAUUUAGUCUUGUUGAUGAUGCAUUCUAUCCAGUCAUUGUUAACGGUACUUCAAUUUUUACCACAAAUUUGGUUUUUCUUUUUCUGGCUGUGAAGAAGGACUACGUUGACGAGGAAACUUAUUUAUUUGUGUUAGUACCCGUU